AUGGACGAGGCUCUGGCGGCAGAGGCCGUGAGAAAGACCAACAAGGCGGCGGCGGGAAAGGUUGCUGCUGCGGUCCGCGUUCUGGACUUGUCCAUGAUGGGCAUUGACAUCCUGCCUGUUCUGGUUCCACGUCGCGGCGAGAAGGACGGCGAGGGUGAGCAGGGCAAGGAGGUCGACGACGAUGACAGCCAGCUGGCGGCGUCAGUCGAGGUCAUCAAUCUCCAUGGAAAUGCUCUGACCGCGAGCAUGAUCGAUGCCGGUAUCGGCGGCUGGCUGGAGUGGUGCGGUGGGGUGGCGGUUCUUGUUGAGCUCUUUCUCUCGGCCAACUUGCUCGAGAGCGUCCCGGACGUGGUGUGCUCCAUCGAGACGCUCGAGACGCUCUCGCUCGCCCACAACGCCAUCGCCGAGCUGCCAGACCGCUUGGCUCGAUUGGCUAGGUUGCGCAGCUUGGACGUGAGUCACAACAAGCUGGAUGCGGUGCCGGCGCGGAUCGCGGCGCUGCCUGUACUCAACGAGCUCCGGUGCGAUGGCAACACCGGACUCGCCGCCGCGUUGCCGCCUGGCCUGGUCGACGACACCUCAACUGAGGGGCAGACGGCCCUCAUUGCAUACCUCCGUGGCGACCACGAGCCUGCUGCCACAGUGACUGUCGUCGUGGCGACCGAGAACAACUCGCCUGCUCAACAUCGAUGCUGGGCGUAUGCGCGGUGCUCGUGCAAAGUUGCUGCAGCGUGGAAGUGA